AGGAGUGUCUCUAGUCAAGAGGCUGCAGUACAAGGUGGAACAAGUCCAGGAACACACAAAAGUAGCAUUCAAACUUCCCUGAGACUUGAGGACACCGGGUUCUCCAAGCAAUGUCUUCCUUAAUGGGGUCUUACUCCUCCUGGUCUGAAGGAGGCUUGGACUGCUCUUCCAUGGAUGGUGAGGUCUCAGAUGGACUAUCUCCUCACAGGACAAGCAGGGACAAAGGCUCUGAGACUCGCAUCAGGAGACCCAUGAAUGCCUUCAUGGUCUGGGCUAAGGAUGAGAGGAAGAGACUGGCAGUCCAGAACCCUGACCUUCACAAUGCUGAGCUCAGCAAGAUGCUUGGAAAAUCCUGGAAAGCCCUGUCCCCAUCCCAGAAGAGGCCCUAUGUGGAGGAGGCUGAGAGGCUGAGGGUGCAGCACAUGCAGGAUUAUCCAAACUACAAGUACAGACCACGCAGGAAGAAACAAAUCAAAAGGAUUUGUAAAAGGAUGGACCCUGGCUUUCUUCUCAACAGCCUCUCCAGGGACCAGAACACCCUUCCAGACACCAGGAGCUGCAGGGCUGCAGUAGACAAAGAGGACAAUGCUGGGUACCCUCCUGCUGUUGCUCUGACUGACAUCAGAAGUUACAGAGAAUCUCAAGGCAAUGCCAGCAAACAUGACCAAAGCUACCCCUAUGGACUUCCAACUCCACCUGAGAUGUCCCCUCUGGAAGCUAUUGACCAUGAGCAAAGUUUUUACCCAUGCCCCGAAGACUCUCAUAACUCCCACCUCAAUGGGACCACCUAUCCCCACGAAUACACAAGAAGCCCAAUUUUGUGUGGACAUCUCAACCAGAUGCCCAUUACCCAGAGUGGUCCUUCAAUGAUGCCACCGGUGUCUAAUUGCCCACCAGCAUAUUUCAGCUCCAGUUAUCACCUUGUCCAUCCCAGUUACCAUGCUCACCUUGGUCAGCUCUCCCCUCCACCCGAACACCCUCACUAUGACACAAUUGACCAGAUAAGUCAAGCGGAACUUCUGGGAGACAUGGAUAGGAACGAGUUUGAUCAGUAUUUAAAUACCUCUGUCCAUGAGGCCAGUGAAAUGACAGUAAAUGGUCACAUCCAGGUGUCUCAAGCCCCAGACCUUCACCCACCUGAAACCAGUUUAAUUUCUGUCCUAGCUGAUGCCACUGCGACUUACUACAACAGCUACAGUGUCUCCUAGGACCUCCUGGAGACUGGAAUGGGACAGACCAAGCAGUAUUAUUGGGCAUCACUACUAUACCAAGCUAGGGACACUCCUCAGGGUUCACACAUGGGAUUCAUACUGUCUCAUCAGUAAAGAGAAUGUCUCUUUUUUUUCCAUUUGAGAAAAAAUAGCUGAAGUUAAACCCUUUUAUUGGGCAACAAAGAA